AUUAUUUUUCAUACUACUCGGCAGGAUUCUACUUUACUAAUUUUGCACAAAGCCUACACAUCCUUGAUAUAAAACGAAUGCUUGUAACAUUGAAAAAUCAGAUCGUCAAACUCCUUCAAGGUGACAACAGCCGGGACGAGAUCAACCACAUUGAUUCGUUGAUCGAUAGCAACUAUGGAUCCAUUGCUGAUAGAGGCCAGCAAAUCAGCGACGAAGAGCUCAGGGUGUCGAUCAGUCGCAAGCUGAAUGUCGAGGACGAGGAGGACGAAGGGUUUUUCUCUAGUUUCGACCCCAGAGUCAUGUCAGAUGUCAUUAUUGGCUUGAGUGAUGGUUUGACGGUUCCUUUUGCAUUGACGGCUGGGUUAUCUUCGUUGGGAGAUUCCAAGUUGGUUAUUACCGGUGGGCUCGCCGAGUUGGUUUCGGGGGCCAUAUCCAUGGGUUUGGGAGGAUACUUGGCUGCCAAAUCCGAGUCGGAGUACUACUUCAACCAAGUGAAAAAAGAGAAGAUGAACUUCUUCAAAAAGCCAGAGUUGGUGAACCAAGAAGCAGCUGAGGUGUUGUUUGAGUUAGGAAUUAGUGAAACCAACAUUUUGAACAUCUUGAAGGAUUUUGACUCCAAACCCAAGAACUUGAUUGAGUUUGUUAUCACAUACGGAAAAGGGUUAGAUGAGCCUGCUGAAGGAAGAGAGUUCACGUCGGCAUUGACAAUCGGAUUAGCAUAUUUUUUGGGAGGGUUUGUACCUUUGGUGCCUUACUUUUUCUGUAGCUUGGUGAAGGUGGGUUUAUUGGUGUCGGUGAUUGUAAUGAUGGUGACCUUAUUUAUUUUUGGUUAUGUCAAGACGAUGAUCUCGUUGGGAGAUUGUGGUACCUGGAAGAAGGUCCUGGAAGGGGUACAGAUGGUGAUUGUUGGGUCAAUUGCUGCGGGUGCCGCUUGGACCUUGGUUUUCUUCAUCGACAACUAACCUUUGCAUACUUUGAUACCCAUUUCCCACGUCUGCUGCAUUGUUGAAGUUUGGAACACACACGCAUAUAGUUGUGGUAGGUCUUUGCUUUAAUUGUUAUUAGCCACUCGUGUUGGCAUCUGGUUCUCUGAGCCUUGUAUAUUAGAAUAUAUUAUCAACCACUAGGAGAAACGAGAGAUGAUUAACGUUUGGGGAAGAUAUCAUAUAUAU